AUGGGAACGCGUUCAGACUCCCAAAAUAUUCUCAUCCUGAUUACUGAUGAAGAGUCUGGGGGCGACGUAUCUCUCCACGCACAGCUCCUGAGAGACUCCGGCAUUGAGAUCUACACUAUUGGUGUAAAGAAUGUAAACGAGACUCAACUGAGGACCAUCGCCUCAGAUCCUGAUGAAAUUCACAUGUUCAGUGUCAUCGACUCCUCGUUCCUCCUGGACAUCGUUGCCAACCUCACCAUCAACCUCUGUAACAGCUUAGCUGUUGGACUCACCUGCUCAGAGCCUGUCAGGUUGGUGGGAGGAGCCAGUCGCUGUGCAGGUACACUGGAGGUGAAACGAUCAGAGUGGAGACCAGUGAGUGACUUGCACUGGACCAUGAAGGAAGCAGCAGCAGCCUGCAGAGAUCUGGACUGUGGCUCUGCUGUUUCAACAGGAAGGAGAAAUGAAGCCUCAGACAGAUCUGUAUGGAGGAUCAGAUCUCACUGUGUGCAUUCUGGAUCUGCACUGAGGGACUGUGCAGUAUCAUCUUCCUCUUCCUCCAUCAUGAAGCUCACCUGCUCAGACCUGCUGCUUCAGCCAAUCAUCUCUGUGUCUUCUACCAUGGACGGGGUCUCCGAGGCCCAGCAGCAGGGGUUUCUGGUGCGCCAGGGCUCCAACUUCACCAUCAGCUGCUCCGUCCAGCCUCAGUACCCAGGAGGCUCCUUCCAGCUCACCUUCACCUCCUCCAACACGGCACACAUCUACACCCAGCCAGCUGUCAAUCACUCUGCUGACUUCCUGUUUCCUACUGCAGACCCCGCCCACCAAGGAAGCUACAGCUGUGUUUAUGGCGUUUAUGUUUUUUCUCAUAACUUCUCCUCUGAGAGCCGUCUGCUGUCUCUCACUGUCACAGAUCCAACAGUUCAUAUCAUCAGACUGGUCGUCCUGCCGGUGACUCUGCUGUUGUUCGUCGCUGUCGUCGUUUUCAUCCGGAAGGCCAGCAGGGGGCAGAAGUCAGGCCCACAGGAGAACAUUGAGCUGGAUUCUUAUAACCUCGGUGUUUCCAGAGCUGAAGGAGAGCCGGCUGAAGAGGAAGGAGCCCAGGGAGCAGAGUAGGACCUCCAAGGACCCACAAACCACUGAAGAAGAAAAUCAUCUUUGGUUUCAUCUCUCCUCUCAGUCUCAGCCAGGUUUUUGCAGCCCAGUACGGCGAGGAAUGAUGUCCAUACUGGUCGAUUCCACAGCUUCUGAUUUACAUCCAGCACCAACGCUCAGUGCCACAACAUUUUUUUUAUCAUCAUUAACUUCUCUCAUGUGAACAGCUGUAACUUUUUACUUAAAGAUUUUGAUGAAUCCAGAGUUUUAUGGUCUCAUCUGGAUAAAUGUUGAGUCAACAAAUCAUUUAAAAAUCCAUCCAGUUGUUUGAUGAGUUUAUAUCUUUUUUCUUCACUGUCUUUUAUAUACUAUAUACUACUUAUUCAGCUGAAAUGUGUUAUUGCUUCUUUUAAGAAUAUUUGCUUUUUGAGUUAAAGUAACUGAAUAAAAGAAAAAGUUAAUGAGUGAAAUCAAAUGUUUUAUUUUUGUUUUGCUGUUUUUAUGAAAAAAAUCUGAUGUUUGACAGAAUUUAAAGCACAUGUGUUUCUGCUGAAUGUUCACUCAUUUAUUGUAUGUGACAGUUUCAUGCUAAUAAAUCAGUUUCUAGUGUAUCAAUAA